AUGCCGUCGACUCACCCCUUGAUCGCCUCUGAUGAUGCCAGCCGCCCAAAUAACCUGUCCCCGACCCUCUCAUUUGUCAAGGGCGGGAAGCGUAAACGUCUCAGCAAGGCUUGCGACGCGUGCCACAAGAGCAAACGGAGAUGCGACGGCACAGCUCCCUGCAGUAACUGUUACUUCGCGUCCAAGACAUGCACCUACACCGACUCCUCAGGCCGCCCUGUGCCCGCACCACGCAGCGCCCACACCGAACGGCAGGUGGUCGCAGGAUCGGACAUUCCCACGUUGCGCCAGACAUUCGAGCCCGCACACUCGCCCACGGCCAUGCCGGUCCCGCCCCAGCUGCCGCCAGCAGAACGUAUCGCCGCAGUCAAGAAGAGCCGCGCCGCUGGGAGCAGUACGACUAGCCCCACCAGCACCUCCGCGUCUUCGCCGACGCUCGAACAGGUCACUCCUCCGCGUUCGCAGCUCCUCAGCGAGCCUGACACCACGAACGAGCUCGUGAACCUAUUCUUCGGGCACUGCAACCCGCACCGGAUGAUCCUGCACAAGCCGUCGUUCUCGUCCGCACUGUCACACUACGCGCUGCCCGAGUACCUCGUGCUCGCCGUUUGUGCGGUCGCCGCACCACUGCACAAGAGCGUGUCUGCGCGUGCGGCCCAUGCGCGCAUCGCAGGUGUGCCGUUCUACAACGAGGCCGUCGCGCUCAUGUUCGACAACGCGGGCCGCCUGCUCAGCGAGCCGACGGUCGCGACUGCACAGGCACUCUGCCUGAUGGAGAUGCACGAGGUCGCCGCGAGCCACUCGUGGACGAAGCACUACAAAUAUUUUGACCUCGCACUGCGCCUCUUGGAAGAGUCACUCGAGGUGCACAAGCCGGACGACGAGGUGCAGCACACGCCGUCCUCGCCGUCAGUCGACUUAUACAUCGAGCGUGAGUGCGCGCGGCGGUGCUUCUGGCUGAUCCAGGUGAUGGGCUGGAUCAACGGGAUUUACACGUACCGCCCGAUGCGCCCGAGGAGCGUGCAGCUCAUGGAGUCAAUUCGCCUGCCGGUGGACGAAACGACGUUUGAGCUUGCGGCGCAUUGGAGCGCGGCGACGAAGGAGUUCUUGCAUGCGCCUGCACCGAGGACGCGGUAUGCGUCGCAGUUCGGGCACGUGUGCCGGAUAUUGUCCAUCUAUGCGAACGUGCAAGCGGUCGUAGCUAUGAGCGAGAGCGAACAGCGCGCUACCGCUCUUCGAGAGAGCACACGAACGUUGAACGCAUGGAUCCAGUCGCUCCCGGCACAUCUGCGGUUUUCGGAGGAGAACGUCGAGAAGCAGGAGGAAAUGUUUGGGAUGAGCUCCAACACGGGCGCAUGGUGCUUCUUCUUCAUGCACGCGCUCUACCCGUGCUGUUACCUCGCCGUCCUCGAGGGCGAAGGUAGACUGGGCGAGCCCAUUCCAUGGGUGCGCGAUCGGCUAGGCACGAUCUUCAAGGCGACGGGCACGCGGGCCAAGAAUACUAUCCUGUCGGCGUGUGUGCUCUGGUCGUACAGCAAGUAUCACCCCGACGACGAGCAGCUCCACAGGUGGGACCGCGACUUUGAGCGGGUGUGGGGAUUCAGCGUGACGGUGGUCGCGAAUCAAUGGAGACAGGCGCAAACGCUGGAACGUGCCCAGGCGGCGGCCUCGAAAGCCUCCGCGAACCCGUCGCAGCGGGAUGCGGUGCCGCCGGCUUCGACUGAUUAUAAUGGUUCGCAGCCCGGCGGCACGAUUGAGACCCAAGCGCACGGAGAUACGGGAGCAGAACGCCGAGCCGACGGCGCGUCAACACAGACUUCGAAUGCGCGUGCGAGUACGGGAGCGAGCAAUCAGCGGAAUGCAUUCCCGGCAGACGCAGAGCAGAUCGUCCAGGCGCCGCUGUUGAGAAGCGGGACUAACUUGCCGUCGCUCAAGGCAAGCGGCCUGCUCGACUCGUGGAAGCCGCCAUCAGAGGCGUUUGCGAGCGCGUUGUCGCUUUCGGGACAGGCGCCGCCGGCGCGGGAGAAUGAUCGGAAUGCAGUCGCAGUGAGCACGCUGCUCAACCCCGAGGCGCAGCCGGUACGGACGAAUGCAGUGGCCGCAUCGAUGAUGCCUGUCGGGCUUGAUUGGCUGGAGAAUGAGGUGUGA